GUAUUGUUCCGGGAAAACAACGUGACUAGUCCAAAGCAGUCAAACAUGGGACACACCAGUUUGGAUAAGAUCAAAGCACUACAGAAGAAUCCAGCCAACGUCAGGAACCUGUGCAUUCUGGCACACGUGGACCAUGGCAAAACAACUCUGGCAGAUAGCUUGGUGGCCAGCAAUGGCAUUAUAUCAAGUCGCUUAGCCGGAAAGCUGAGGUACCUGGACAGCCGGGAGGAUGAGCAGAUCCGAGGGAUCACGAUGAAGUCCAGCGCUAUCUCACUGCACUAUGCUUCUGGGGAGAAGGACUACCUAAUAAACUUGAUUGACUCUCCGGGCCAUGUGGACUUUUCGUCUGAGGUGUCCACCGCCGUCAGACUAUGUGAUGGGGCCAUUGUCAUCGUAGAUGCUGUGGAGGGAGUUUGUCCACAGACCCAAGCAGUGCUGCGUCAGGCAUGGCUGGAGAACAUCAGGCCUGUGCUGGUGAUCAACAAGAUUGACCGGCUCAUCAUGGAGCUGAAGCUCACCUCUCAGGAAGCCUACACACACCUGCAGAAGAUUCUAGAACAGGUGAACGCAGUGACAGGCUCUCUGUUUACCUCCAAAGUGCUGGAGGACCGCGCGGUGAAAGAGGAGCGGGCGGAGGAAGAUAAGGAGGAGGGGGACAUCGAGCCUGCUGAGUGUCCCGGGUCAGAGCAGGUGUACGACUGGAGCGCCGGGCUAGAGGAUUCGGAUGACUCCCAGCUCUACUUCUCUCCAGACCAGGGGAAUGUGGUCUUCGCCAGUGCCAUAGACGGAUGGGGCUUCAGUAUCCAGCAGUUUGCCCAGAUCCACAGCCAGAGGAUGGGCAUCAGGGCUGAGGUGCUCCUGAAGACUCUCUGGGGAGACUUCUACCUCAACGCUAAAGCCAAGAAGAUCAUGAAGGGAGCUCACGCCAAAGGAAAGAAGCCUCUGUUUGUUCAGCUUGUCCUGGACAACAUAUGGAGUUUAUAUGACGCUGUUGUUACCAGACGAGACAAGGAGAAGAUAGAGAAGAUGAUGAUGUCACUAGGUGUUAAGGUGAUGACCAGAGACUCGCGUCACUCCGACCCCAAAGUCCUCCUCUCUGCCAUCUGCAGCCAGUGGCUCCCCGUCUCACAGGCUGUGCUGUUCAUGGUGUGUGAUAAGCUGCCCAGUCCGUUGGACAUGACCUCUGAGAGAAUAGAGAGACUGAUGAGUGUGGGAGCACGCAGGUUCCACUCACUACCCCUGCAGACCCAGAAACUGAAGACCGCCUUCAUGCAGUGUUCCAGUGAUGACACAGCCCCUGUCAUUGUGUUUGUGUCCAAGAUGUUUAUGGCGGACGCCAAGGCCCUGCCUCAGAACAAACAGAGGCCGUUGACCCAGGAGGAGAUGGCCCAGCGCAGGGACCUGGCCAGACAGAGACACACUGAGAGACUGGCAUCCAUUCAGCAGACGGAAAGUGGGGAGGGAAAUCCCCAACCAGGAAGUACAACACCGGCAACCACUCCUGGUGUAGACAACACCAUAGGUAGUGAGGGUGUCUCAGGCCAGAUGCAGGGCCUGCCUCUGAAGGCUAAACCGGAGGAGGAGGAGAAGGAGACAUUCGUAGCCUUCGCCAGAGUCUACAGCGGGGUGGUCCGCAGAGGACAGAAGGUGUUUGUGAUGGGGCCCAAGUACGACCCUGCACAAGGCCUGCGCAUGCUCCCAGAGGGCAGUACUAGUGUGAGUGCCUGUCUCCCUCCCGUCCCUCACCUAGCCUGCUGCACCAUGGACAGCCUCUACCUGCUGAUGGGCAGAGAGCUGGAGGAACUGGAAGAGGUGCCAUCAGGGAACGUACUGGGUAUUGGCGGUCUCGAGGAGUGUGUGUUGAAGUCUGCGACCCUCUCCACCUCCCCUGCCCUCCCCCCUUUCAUCCCCCUCAACUUCGAAGCUACUCCCAUCGUACGAGUGGCCAUCGAACCCAAACACCCAAGUGAGAUGCCUAAGCUGGUACGGGGUAUGAGGCUGUUGAACCAGGCUGACCCGUGUGCUGAGGUUCUGAUCCAGGAGACAGGAGAACACGUACUGGUCACGGCCGGAGAGGUCCACCUGCAACGCUGUCUGGACGACCUCCGAGAGAGGUUUGCCAAGAUUGAGAUCAGUGCCUCCAAGCCUAUCAUCCCAUUCAGAGAGACCGUGAUCAGACCACCCAAAGUGGACAUGGUCAAUGAAGACCUGGGGAAACAACAGAAGGUGGCUGUGAUCCACCAGGUGAAAGAGUCAGACACCCUGCACCUGGACCCCAGCGGCCUGGUGACCCUCACCACCCCCAACAGACAGGCCACCGUGGGGGUACGGGCCAUACCACUACCCGAAGAGGUGACUCUUCUACUGGAGGGUAGUGCUGACUUGAUCCGGACCCUGGAGCAGGCAGGUCAGGCCCAGAGGGAGGGGAGGACCCUGGACAUGAGUACCUGGACCCUAGAUGCCCUGAUGGUGCUGAAGAGCAGGCUGGAGGUCCUGCUGCAGGGGAGGAAGUGGAGAAACGCUGUGGACCGGAUAUGGGCCUUUGGACCACGCAGGUAUGGACCAAACAUCCUCCUUAACAGCAUAGAGGGGUACCAGAGACCAUCCGUGUGGCACUGCCUCGAACGAGAGAAAGGAGAGAAAGAGGGAGGGGCGAAAGCUGAGGCCGGCGCCAUCCGAGACUUUGACAACAGCGUUGUCAGCGGUUUCCAGCUUGCCACCCUCUCUGGUCCAAUGUGUGAGGAGCCCCUCAUGGGCGUGUGCUUCUCUGUGGAGAGAUGGGACAUGAACUUCCCCACCCAGCGCACCCACCUGGACUCUGUGACUGAAGAAGACUCCAACUCCCUUGAUGCAUCUGUUUCCGAAAGCCCCGGUGAGGCUGCAGGUCAGCAGGAGGCCUCAGGCAAGGCAGGGGGAGCGGGUGAGACGCCUUCCCAGGCAGAGGGUGCCGUGGCUGGGGCGAGCCAGGGGAGACGCAGGGCGGAGGUUGUGGCCGGGCUAAUGGACUGCUACGGGCCGUUCUCUGGCCAGCUCAUAGCUGCUGUGAAGGAGGCUUGUCGGCACGCGUUCCAGGCCAAACCUCAGAGACUCAUGGCUGCUAUGUACACCUGUGAAAUCAUGGCUACAGCAGAGGUGUUAGGUCGUGUGUACGGGGUCCUGGGGAAGAGGGAGGGCCGAGUGUUACAGGAGGAGAUGAAGGAGGGGACGGAGAUGUUCAUCAUCAAGGCCGUCCUUCCUGUGGCCGAGAGCUUCGGGUUCGCUGAUGAGAUACGCAAGAGAACCAGUGGAUUGGCUAGUCCACAACUGGUCUUCAGCCACUGGGAGUUCCAGUAUGAGGUGAAUCCUAACUAG